CGGGACUCGGGGGGCGGGGCGGGAGAAUGGCGGGGCGGUCACGUGGCCGGAAGGCGCGCGUUGCCAUGGCGGCGGCGGGAUGGCGCAGCGGUUCUGGGUGCUGCGCUGCUGCUCCUGCCGCCGCUUCCAGGUGCAGCAGGCCAAGCGGAGCGGGAAGUGGAGCUGCAGCGUGUGCGGCCAGCGGCAAGCGGUGCAGAAGAUUUAUGGCCAAGGGUCUGGCCCGGACUGUAGACACCACGUCCAGAAAUUAAACUUGCUGCAGGGCAAGGCAGAGGAAGCGAUUGGUCAGACACAUCGGUGCGUAGAAGAAUCUGUAAAUGCCAGAAAAAACAUAGCAGCCCAACAUGAAGACAGUUUGGUCCAGCAGGAGGGAACAGCAGAAGUCAGUCGCUGGAGUAAAUACCUGGACAAGGACAGUGAAGGUCAGGAAGAUGGGCAGGAGGAGGCAGAAAGACAACUGUUCUGUUCCCAGAGGAACAACACUGUGCAAGACCAAAGAAAACAGCAGAAGAGCUUCCGCUCCAGCGAUGCUCAGGAGUAUGCAGAGGAAAAUGGAGAUUUCCAGCUUGCCUACCGAGCCAAAAAGGUUAAAACUUCUGAGCGCAAGAAAUGUUCAGUAGCUGUGCAUGCUCAAGAUGAUGGAGACGUUUCUGAAGUCAGUGUGGUUCCUGCUGUCAGUGAGUCUGUAGUGCCUGAGGAGAAUACACAAACCCCAAUUGUUUGUACCAAACCCUCCAAGUGGGAAAAAUUUCUCUCAUGUUCUGACAACUAUAGUGAAGAUGCUGCCAGGGUCACCUUGUCACCACAGGAGGGCAGUGGGAGGUUGGGGCUACACAGCACCACUGCAGCAGAUGCUGGUAUGACCAGUAGAUGCUCAGAAAAGGUUGGAAGAACUCUACCUCAAGGUACAGGUUUUGAAUUUAAAAAGUGUGUUGCUAGCACUGAGCAGCUCAUCUCAGAACUGCCUGGCCCCGUGGUGCCCAGCAUCAGUCACUCAGUUGAGAAGAAUGUGUUCAAAGAACCUCAGAGACAACUGGUAAGGGCAGGAGCUGGUGUCUUGGAGACCACGGCAGGAAGGUGCUGCUUGGACAGCCCCAGAAGGACAAGCACCCUCUGUAACCCAAAGCCCAGUAGUGUUUCCUGUGAACCCCUCUUCUGCACAGGUGAGGAGUUUGAUGAUGAUCUCUGAGAAGUUCAGGCAUCUUUACCAUUACUUUCUUGUUUUUCCUCUAUAGUGUAUUUUUUAUGUUGAAUACUGACACAGGUUUGACCUGAAGAUGGUUUUACUGUGAGCUUUACAGAAUUGCACUAUUAAAUGUUUACUUGCUCUA